ACACGAUUGUUUUUAUUUCUAAUUGUUGAUAUUUGUUGGUGUUAAUUGUUUCACGAUUUUUGUGCCAUUUUCAAGUGAUUUCAUUGAUUCUCACAUAUUUUUAAAUAAAUUCUGAUCUAAUCCCAUGUUCAUGAUGAAUAAUUGAGGGGAAAAGAAUAGAGAAACAAAGAGAAAGAAGAUUCCAAUGGAUUGAAAUACUCUCAAGGUAGAUUAUGGAUUAUGUGUUAAUCUUUGCUAAGUGACCAAGUCUCUGUAACCAGUUUCCAUUUAACUUGUUCUGCCAUUCAGAAUGGGCAAAGAUAAAAAACCUCCAGAGUAUGCAGACGAUUCAUCUGAUCGUCCACCGCCAUAUAAUCCAUAUUACGACCAGGCCGGUGGGGCCAGCGGAGUUGCACCACCACCACCGCCAACAGGAUUUAAUCCACCUCCUUCUCAUCUUAAUCAACCUCCACCAGCAUAUCAACCUGGUCCUGAUUUUAUUAAAGCUCAAGGUCCACCAAUUCCACAACAACCUGAUCGAUUAUUAUCUCAACAAUCUGGUAUUCCGACACAUGCCCGACCCGCCACAGCAACAACAGUGACCAAUGUUCAAAUCCACAUCAGUGACGAAUUUGGACCCUACGCUCAACAUGCCGUUUGUCCAAAAUGUCGGGAAUAUGUCGUAACCAAGACUAAAUCUGUCACUGGAGCAUUAACUUGGCUUUCUUGUAUUGGCCUUUUUAUGCUUGGUUGUGAUUUUGGCUGUUGUCUAGUUCCAUGUUGUGUUGAUUCGUGUCGAGAUGUUCAGCACAAAUGUCCAAACUGUGGAUGUCGUAUUGGAAAAUACAAGAGACUCUGUUAACCGUUACAACUAUUGAUAUUCAUAAGUUUCGAAGCAAAGAUUUAUAAACAAACAACUAAAGCUUCGAAGAUAUCAAUGCUAAAACUGAGCUGUUAUAUUAACCAUUUUUCAGUAAACAAAAAAUCUUAGGCUAAAGACAAAUGUACAUGGAUAUGUGAUAUCUCGGCCUGAUAAGUCAUCAUCUCAAAACAACAUCAUUUACAUUGACUUGGAAUUCCUGGAAAUUUUCAUCGUCCACAAUUUCAUCAUCUCAAAUUCAACUAUACCCUGAAGGCAUCACUAUUAUGCUCAUUAUUUACUUUUCUCUCUCUCCCAUUUCUUUAGAAUUUUUCUCCUGAAUACUUCAACUGUCUCAAGGUUAUGAUAAUAAUUAUUUGCUAUUUGCUAUGGAGACCUGGUAACUCUAUCAUUUUGUUUAACGCAGUUCUGCUAUUAAGAGUCGCUUCCAUGAUUGAAUAACCAAUUUCAACCUUUUUCCUUUCUAAGAAAAUGAAAACCAAGUGGAAGUGAAAUUUUUGCCUGCCUCCCCGUUGAAUGUUUACCCUUGAUUAUUCCAAGUAUUCGAUUCAUUCAACCAAUCACGGAUACGCAUUUGAGUACUGUUUUCACCUGAAGGAGAUCGACCUUUCAAUUUCCACGUUCAGGAAACUUACUUCUUACCGAAAAGACAUUAUAAAUUGUUACUAAUUAAUCUUGCUUUAAAAUGAAUGGUUUAGAGAGAAAUACAUCUAGUCUGAUGUGAAUGAAUUUUUGUAUUGUUGAGCAUCUUAGUGCCAAUCGAUGAUUCUAAUCAUCAAUUUUAUUUUAAAAGUGACCAUUUAUUGAAAUGUAAAUAAAGUCUUGAAUGACAAAAAUUACUUUUAA